UCAGUGCAGAGCAGCUCACACUCACGCGCGCAGGAGCUACAGACGAGUUCCUCCACCCAGAACCACACAGAACCUACAGAACCACACAGAGCUGCUCAGAACCUACAGAGCCACGCAGCGCUGAGGCUGGUUAGCAUGUGAUGCUCAGCGCAGCGUUUGUUUUCCUGGACAUUCAGCAGUGAAGUUACAGAAGAGCAGUGGUCAGGUCAGAUGGCGUCCCCCAGGAGAGCCGGACGCCCAAAAUCUCAGCUGCCCACCUGCUAUCACGAGGGCUUCCUGGAGAAGAGGUCGGUUAAAGACAAGACAGCACAGAAGCUUUGGACCUCCCUGUGCGGGAAUUCACUCUUCUUCUUCAACAGCAGCAAAGACAGCGAUUAUGUGGAGAAGCUGGAUCUGUCUGACUUUGUCUCUCUGAUCGAUGACUCCAGUCAAGACCGUAGCCUGGAGGCAGGAAGACUCCAGCUGCACUUAAAAGGCAGAGAUUUUCAUCUCACUGCUCCGAGUCUUGAAGCGCGAGAGCUGUGGAAGGGCUUCAUCUUCUCUGUGGUUGAGCUGGCGGUGCCCACCUCCCUCAACCUGCUGCCCGGCCAGAUCCACAUGCUGAGGGAAGUUGUGGAGAAAGAGAAACUGAGACGCAAACCUCUUCCUUCUCCUCCUGCAUCUGCACACGCUACUAUAACCGUGCCCUCGAACAACGCUCCGGCCGCCCUCCACAACAUCUACGUGACCACGCUGUCCGAAAUGCCAGCGUGCUACCAGCUGGUGUCCCGCGCUGAGGCUGAGCUCGUUCUGGAGAGGAAUCAGGAGAAGGGGAACCUGCUGCUCCGACCGGGACGAGACGGCUCCUCUUUCGCUGUUUCAACUCGACAGGACCUCGACGGACCAGUGUACAGACACUACCGGGUGACUCGGAGGCAUGAGGGCGGAUUUGACAUCGCUGUAGAGAACCCUAUCCAGUGCGAGACGCUACACGAUGUUAUAAACUGUUUGGUGGAGAAGACCGGAGGAACCCUGAAGCCUUUAACACUGGAGGGGGCUUAUGAAAAAAACAUCAGAAAUAAUCUGAGAGGGGUCAGUGGGCAACUCCGGCAUGUUUACUGUUCACGGCUCUUUCCUGAGAAUUUUGCGUUUGUGGACAAAAAUAGAGAAAGUGGGGAGAGGAGUUUAAUCUUUGCCAGCAGCUGCCCUGGACCAUGUCCAUCUCCACCUGUACCUGGGACCCCCAAACCAGAGAAGAAAGUGUCCAGCCCUCAGCCUGAGAAUGAAUACGUCAUUCCGUCCGACGUGAAUGAAGACAAGGUCGACGGAGGUGCUGGAGCUCCGCCCCCUGUACAGCCUCGUGCUCCAGCGCGAACUUUGCCCCAUCAGACCACUGUUCCUGAAGGCCUGACGAUGAGCCCAGGGGGUGCUCUGCUUCCGCCUAGUCGCCCGAUUCCACGACGAAAUAGUAUGUCAGAGAUGCCAAAUCUACGUGCACGGUGCCCACAGCCUGACACAGGCAGCAUGUCAAAGGAUUUCGCUGAAGAGCUGAAACAAAAGUUAAAGCAGAGGCAGGCUACUAUAGAGUGACCCCUGACCACAGACCACCUGGUUCACCCUCACCUCAUCUGAACAAAGGAAUGACGGCGUGAGAAAAGGAAUGAAAGACUCAUUGAGCCGGUCGCACACAAUAAAAAGGAAUCUAUCCUGUUAUUGACCGCCAGGACUGGGCACGUCUGGAAGAGACUAAUCAGCCGUCUGUGGGUGUCGUCCAGCUGGCUGGACCAGUGUGGACAUGAGUAAUCCUGAAGAUCGACUCUUUAUUGAUCCUCCCUGAGAUUCCGCCGUCUCAUCUAGUGAUUACGCAUUGUAAAUUAGCAAAUAACAGCAAAAAGCUGUGAGUCUGCUUGUAAGUGCCACAUCAUCAUCAUCGCCUGUGUUCCCUUUAGACAGUAAAUCACUGUCUGUCUGUAUAGCAUUAUUGCUAAUCUAAGUGGUGACCCUUCAUUUGAAGGAACACAUAUUGGGGCUUAAUUAACGUCUUAUUCUUUUUGACCCCCAAAUUAGACCCUUCUAAGUGUCUGUUCACUGUGCAUUAGGCUUUAUUUGUUAUGGCCUGUAUUAGUACAUUGGAGAUCUGCUGUGUGAAAAUCACUAAAAUUGCUUUUUUAGUUGUAAUAAUGCAAAGUAAAUAUUUAUAAUUAAUGAUAAUAAAAUCAUAAUUAUAAUAAAACCAUAUCAACCAAAUUCCCGUAGCGUCUAGGUCAGGGGUCGGCACGGCUUUUUCACCACCCUGUUGUGGCUCCACAGCAGAAUCAGAUUAUUAGGUAAAAAUAAAAUAAUCCUCCUUUACAGUAAAAU